UACAAGAUCGUCCAGGUGCUGAUGCUUGUUUGUUUUUGGUAUGAACGUUGCAAUAUGAUUGAAGUUUAUGGAAUUGAAUUGUUAAGAAAAUUAUUGGAACAAAGAAAUCGUGGUAGUUAUUGUGACAUUGAAAUUCACAUUGAAGAUAAUGUAUUUUACGGUCACAAGUGCAUUCUAGCUGCAGCUAGUCCUUAUCUUGAGUCAUAUAUUGUUGACGCUGAAUCAAAAUACAUCGACCAGACAAGUUUACAUCGCUCUAAAAUACAACUUAAUGGGAUAUCUCACUCGGGCUUUGAACGACUGUUUGAUUUCAUGUAUACAGGGAAACUACAGAUAAACGAGGAAACUGUUAAUGAUGUAUCGGUAGCUGCUCUCAUACUAGAUAUAUCAGUUGCUCUGGAUUGUUGCGCUGAAUUUAAACGAAAAAAGUUUUCUGUUGCAAGCUUGUUCAAAAACAAUGUUCUGCAAAUCUCCAGUACAGAAUGUUCAUCUUCUGUUUCGCAUCAGCAGUCUAAAUCCAGUGUUGAAAACUUGAUGCUCCAAGACGCACAACCAGCUCUUGUUAGCCCCAAGAAUGAAAUCCAAAUCAAUGAAGUUGUUUCAUUUUCUGCAAUGAAACCAAGAAGUGAGGAAUUCACUGAAAACAGGGAAAACUUUUUAACAAGUCCUACAGAUCGAAUACCAUCCCAUUCAGAAAGUGACACAGAGAGCUUAGGAAUUUCGCUCGGAAGAGAAAGUUAUUAUAACACAACAUCUCAGGGCAAUGACAUGAUCUCAGCUUGUGCAAACUUUAUCCAGUCAUUUGAAGCCAUGAAUAAUGACCCUUCUGCUUUGCCCACAUUGUUGCCACUUAAUGGGAAAGAUAGAAUCAUGCCAACCACAACCACUGAGAAUGCAGGUUCAACCUCUAUGUUGGAAAGUCCUCCAAAUACGUUUGAAUCCCUGGAUGAAAGAUUUAAUGAAGUUUCAUUUUAUGCUGAACAAACGGAGAAGAAUGGAGUGCCAUCAUGGAAAUGUAAAGUUUGCAAAAAAGUGUUUCGAAAACUUUCCUAUCUAAAGUAUGUUCAUGUAAGGCUGCAUAAUGGGAAUCGUCCACAUAUAUGCAACUUAUGUGGAAAACCUUUUGCUACGAGGGGAAACUUGUUGCAACAUCAUAAAGUUCAUCUUGCCAAAAACGGAGUCCUACCUUUCAAGUGUAAAUUCUGCAAAAGAGCUUUUUCACUCAAAGGCAAUUGCCAAAAACACGAGAAGACACACACCAAACCUUACAGAUGCGAAUUUUGCAGUAAAGUGUUUUCUGUAAAGAAUGAUUGUAUGCAGCAUUUGAAUAAGCAUCAUGCUGAACAAAGUGAAAAUCCCACCAUUGGAUUGAGAUGCUCAAAAUGUUUAACUUUAUUUAACGAACGUUUUGGAGAUGAUUAUUUUACUCACAAAUGCUCCUGAUUUUAUUUGUUCGAAAAUAUUGUGUUUUUUUGUCAUCAGUAUUUUAUGUACAGGUAUGUUUUGUUGUUUUACUUCAACAAUUUACUUUUUGUAUUGUCAGCAUUUGUGUAUAUGCUGUUUUCAUGUGAUAGGUGUCCUAAUGAAAUCAAAACAAAAUUUACUUCAUCAGCGAACCAAAUCACAUCAGUCAUACUCAAUCGUUAAUAUCUUGAAAUAAAGUGUAGUAGCAUGUGG